ACCGAACGGUUUGGUUUCUUCGGGUUAUUCCCCAGGUGGGUUAUCCCUUCUGCCCAGGGUGGGCGUAGGGAUGGGAUAUCUCUGGCAAAAAACACGCGUGUUGCAGCGAGGUGCGUCCCGGCUCUGCCAGCGCCAGCACCGCCUUGUCGCAUCCAUGUUAAAACUAGAAUUUAAAACCCCCGCUUCCAUCUACGUGUCCUCUGCUGCGUUAAACAUUGCCGUUCCCAAAGCUUUCCCACCUAAUUAAAAAUUAACUAAGAGCCCGGGAUGGAUGGGACCUCUUUGAUAUGGUGAUGAGGAUGCCAGACCGAAUACUCUUACAGUAAUAGAAGAUUUUCGCAAGGGGCAGUGGCUGGGGUGUGUGCCUGUGGCUGGGGGGUUUGCAGAGAUGCACUGUGCAGGGAGGAUGCAGGGCUCAGUGGUAUCCGCACGGUUCCCUACAGACGAUAAAUAUUCAGUGUAAACAUCCCAAAACAGAGAAAUAUAAUCCCUUGACACCCCUUCUUUCACCCUCUCCUGAGACUUCCUCCUCAGAAAUUGUUAGUCUUUAUGAAUUAUCAGAUGGAAGCAGGUAAAAUGGAACUCAUUUCUUCUCCCAGGUCCCUUCUCCCCCAUGCCCAGCUCGUUUUCCAGCGUCAGCCGGGUCCCGGAUUCAGGCGAGUAUCACUGCAAAAAAUAACCGAAUUCCUUCCUUUUAUCACAGAAACGGCCACGGCAGUAGCGUGGGUGCCUGGUUCUCCCGGGAGGCGAAGGAAGGGCAGUGGGAGAAAGCUUUGAAUCCUCAUUUUCUCCCUCUCUUUUUUUUUUUUUUUUUUUUUUGAGAAGGAGGAGGGUGGGGGUGUAAAAUGGGAAGAAACUGGGAGCCUGGACGUGAGCGGAGGAAGCAGAGGAACCGCGUCCUCGGUGCCGGGGCCAGCGGCUCAGCCCGGGCGCGGUUCCGGGGGCGGGGAGCCCAUCCCCAGGGCCUCCGGGCGCUGCCCCGCCGCCGGGGAGGCAGAGAAGUCCCUCUCCGUUUUUUCUGUCCCCCGAACCCGUUAUUUUUCCCUCCGUUUCCGUCGUCUUUGCCGUUUGGCUGGACGCUGAGGCUUUGGGAGCGGUGGCUGCUGCAGGCGCUUUCCUGGUUACUGUUUGUUCGCUUCCUUCGCCUUCAGGUUAAAAGAUACAAAGGAAAAGAAAAACUAGAAGAAAAAAAAAAAAGAAAAAAAAGAACAGAAAAGGCAGCCCGGAACGCCCAAAGGCCAGGGCAGCCCCAACUGCGGCGAGAGGGAGCGAGGGGCAUCGCCUGCCCGGCUGCUCGGGAAGUUUGGAGAAUUUGCUGAUGGGGGAAUUCGUGGGACUGGAGGGGGGAGCCGGUCAUUUACCAAUUCUGUAUAAAAUGGGCAAAAGGUUGACGUGUCCCAGUCACGUGAGCGCAUAAUUCAAGCUAUUAUUUUGGCAUUUGGAAGCGCGGGGGGGGGAGAGAAGAAAAGUGGGGAUGGUGAUUCCCAGCCUGUCUCUGGCGAGCUGCUCCCAAAAUAGCUAUUUGUACCACGCUGAUAUCGCAAACUGCCGUUUUCUCUCACCUCCACGUACCCCCCGAUGCCCCCCCCAUCCAGCCGCACCUCACCCCCCGCUGGGGCGAGAAGAGGCUUUUGGCGACGGGCAGACCCACGGGAGAGGGGUGCUGCGGGGGUCGGGAGGACCCAGCCCCGGCAGGAGCCUGGGACUUGUGUAUCCGCCCGGUUGUUGUUUUUAUUUUGGGGGUUUUUUUUGUUUGGUUUUUUUUUUUUUUGAGACAAUUCCAAAGCACUUCCGCUGAUUGAUCAUUAACCUGGUGAGUUAUUGCUCUUCCAAGCAAAGGUCAGGGGGAGAAAAAGGUCUAAUCUGUCAAGGCAAACCCACUGCUCACUCAGUUUCAUUUUGAUUUCUUAUCCGGGCUGGCUUCUGUUUGGGGUUUCAGGAGGUCCUGGACCCUCCAUAACUCUCCCCUUCUCCUCGGAGCUCUCCCCUCCCUCCACCUCUCUGUUUACGGAGUGGGAAAACCCAAACUCCUCUUUGGACAAAAAAACGGGCCAUGGGAUGGUGGGCAGCCCCCCCCCGGGAGGAUGCGGUGGGUGCCCUGCGGCCCCCCGCCCUUCCCCGGGGGGUUCAUGAGCCCAUCGGCCGGUGCGGGACGAGCAGGGGCAGGGCUGGACCGGCACCGCCUCGAAAAGAAAAAUUAAUGCAAACAAAAUAGAGCAAACCCCCCCAAAUCAAAACAAAGAACACUUGGGGAGGGGGGGCGGGGGGGACACGACACUGGCUCCAUCCCUCUUCUGCUUGUACUGCGAGGGAAUAAAUUAAAAACAAAGAAAAACAAACACCCCCCACGCCCUCCUUGCUGGAGCCGUUAUUUAUGCCAGCUUCUUUUUGGUUGUUUGUUUGUUUCCUCUUUCCCCCUCCUCCCUCCCGCAUCCACUCCAAAUAAACGCGAUUUUUUCCCCUCUUUUCUCCUCCUCCUCUCUCUCGGGCUGCCCACUUGUCCCCUUCCUCCCCGGGCCCGGCGUGGGAGGAACUUGCCGAGACUCAGCUUGCGUUUGCUGAGCUCACAGCGCAGAAAGGGUGUUUUCUUUUCUUCUUCUUCUUCUUCUCCCCCCCCCUUACAAAUGUCUGUGUGUACUCUGCAGAGGGAACUGAAAAGCCCCAGUUAACCGGGGAAGGCUGUGAUGUAAGUGGAAUAUUGCCAAAGCUGUGUAUUAAAGUGUGCGCGCAUGUAAUAAUAAUACUAAUAAAAAAUACAGCUAUAGGCCGCCGACUAGAGAAGGUCACGAAGCAUCCGCGGGUGAUUUAUGGACUCGGGGAUGUUGUCACAAGCAGAGUAGGGGUGUGAGGGGAACAUUUUUAUUUGAGAUUAAUAACAUCAACAUACAGAACGGAAACAGGAUUAUUAAAGCGACUGAAUGUUUCCCAAAACGAAAAUAUUUUUAAAUGAGAUUGCUUUUUCUUUCUCCCUUUCUUUCUCCCUUUCCGAGUCCUUCGUGCCAAAGUUGCGGUGAUAAAUCUCGGCGUGGCUUUAAAAAUGUUUACGGCUCGAUACCGUUAAUUCUGAUACCAAAUCACUGCUGUGUGAAUGAUGUCCUCGUACACUAUAAAGCAUCUCCGUCCUCUCCCCCUUCGUGGCGAUCCUCCGAGCACAUCGGAGAAACACGAAAAAACAUAUUCUGAGUGCUUAAGGCUUUUCUGCCUUUCAGGAGAACGGCCUCCUAUUUUCCCUCCUGUUAUCCUGUUGUUGAACCCAGAGAUAAUGAACUGCAUGUAUUUUAUCUUUUAAAAGCAUUUAACUCUGAUAUUACCACCAGAAUUUAACCAAAACCCUUCCCAAUAGAUAUAUAUUUUAAAUUUUUAUUCAGAGUUCGCCACCAGCCGUGGACAAAACCGCCCACGGUUCACGCCAAACCUUUUCCAUCACUAACGCGAACCCCAGAACGGGAGAAACAUUUUCCUCGCCCGGGGGGUUUCCACGGGGGAAGGUGGAAGGAAAUGCCGGAGAGACAGGAGAUCGCAUCAGAUUUACUGAAAUAAACCUGAUGUCCACGGCCUCUGAUGAGCAUAUUGGGUUAUCAAUGGAUGGAGACGGGUGCAAUCCCUGGAAAUGCUGUGGUUACUUGGAUGGAGAUAAUCUCAGAGGAAAUGCUGGGGCUUUUGUUCAUUAGAGCCUAUCUUCUCCCCAUUUCCACCCAAAGGUUUCUCCCUGUGAUGAAUUCCCUUGUCCACGCUUUUCUGACCAAAGUUUCAUACUUUUUUCUUUUUUCUUUUUUUUUUUUUUUUCCCCUUCCCCCCUCAGUUCUUCUCCUUUCUCAAAGUCCACCGCUGCCUCGAAUUUGCUGGACCAGACAUCCGAGAAUUGGUCAGCUUCCAAUAGACAGCUGGAAACGGCCUGUCACGUGGCCUUGGGGUGCCAAUGUUCUGCCAUAGGGGUGUCAAGACCCUGGUAGCCGGAAAAAUCAUUUUGGGGAGUCCCAGAGAUGCAGAAGACAACGUACUACGACAGCUCCACGCUCUUUGGGGGUUACUCCUACGGGAGUGCCAAUGGGUUCGGCUACGAGGGUCCCCAGCAGCCCUUCCAGCCAGCCUCUCACGUGGAGAACGACUACCAGAGGUCCGCCUGCUCCCUCCAGUCUCUUGCCAACACAACCCCGCACGCAAAAAGUAAAGACCUGAACGGGAGCUGCAUGCGUCCAAGUUUGCCCCAGGAGCACCAUCCGCCUCCCCCCGUCUCGCCGCCCCCAAACCCUGCCACCAACAGCACCAGUAGCAACAGCAAUAACCAGUCGGGGAGCGGUAAAAGUGCCCCCAGCAAAGCCAACCUCAGUGCAAACGCCAGUCUCACCAAGCAGAUUUUCCCCUGGAUGAAAGAAUCGAGGCAAAACUCCAAGCAGAAGAACAGCUCCCCUAGCACAGCAGAAACCUGCAGCGGCGAGAAAAGCCCUCCAGGCUCCUCGGCCUCCAAGAGAGCCCGCACAGCCUACACCAGCGCUCAGCUGGUGGAGCUGGAGAAGGAAUUCCACUUCAACCGCUACCUGUGCCGGCCCCGCCGUGUGGAGAUGGCCAACCUGCUGAACCUCAGCGAGAGGCAGAUCAAGAUCUGGUUUCAGAACAGGAGGAUGAAGUAUAAGAAAGAUCAGAAGUCGAAAGGCAUGGGGUCUUCCUCUGGAGGGCCUUCCCCCACCGGCAGCCCGCCCCAGCCCAUGCAAUCCUCUGCUGGAUUUAUGAACGCCUUGCACACCAUGAGCAGUAACUAUGAUGCCCCCUCGCCGCCUUCCUUCAAUAAACCCCACCAAAAUGCCUAUGCCAUGUCAACUAACUACCAAAACCCCAUCAAAGGCUGCCCUUCCCAACAGAAAUACGCCAACACGGCCCCCGAGUACGACCCCCAUGUCUUACAAGGGAACGGGGUGACCUACGGGACUCCCAGUAUGCAAGGAAGCCCUGUCUAUGUUGGAGGUAACUAUGUGGAUUCUAUGCCCACCUCUGGCCCAUCCCUUUAUGGUCUCAAUCACCUGCCACAUCACCAGGCUGCCAACAUGGACUACAACGGGCCUCCGCAGAUGCCCCCGAGCCAGCACCACGGACCAUGCGAGACCCACCCCACCUACACAGACCUUUCCACGCACCACGCUUCUUCUCAGGGCAGAAUCCAAGAGGCGCCCAAGCUGACCCACCUGUGAUAGGGAGCAAGGGACAGGCUCAGGUGAAGCGGAUGGGACCCCACCACGGGGCAUGGGAGAGGGGAAGAGGGCAGGAUCGGCUUCAGGAACAUUUGUGUUGAGCUGUUUUCUUUUUUUUCUUUGACAGGGCAAUUUCUACCAGGUUGUUGUGCUUGCUUAUUAUUAUUUCUGGGUUAAAUUAGGCACAAUUUCCAACCAUUCUAGUAUUUACUGCCAAGAGCAGCUCUCUCUCUGAAGAGAUAUACCUCCUGUGUUUCAACACAAAUGCUUCUGAAAUGGGUUUGGGGUAGUUUUGUGGGAAUCUAGCAGAUUUUUAGCAGCAGCAUCCUUCAUUUAUGAACCAAGUACAGAUCGUCAGUGAUAAUUCUCGGACACUGGAAAGGAGAAUAGUAAACCAGCCAAGUCCUUACAAUCGGUGUCUGCAUCUACGUAAACAUGCACACGUGUAUACAUAUGCAAUCAAAAGAGAUUCGCAAGAAAACUACCCUCCUCUCCAAUUCCUUCUCAAGAGGAACCUCGCGCUUUCCUUUCCAGCCUUCAGAGGAAGGGCAUCCUUUUUCACUGAGCAACCUCCCACCAGUCCCCACAUAAACUGCAAAUAUACAUACCUGCCAACGCGUGGGAUUCACGCUCUUCCCCUCCAGCCCCUGCCUCCCCUCUCAAAAAUAAAUAAUAAUAAAAAAAAUUAGAAUAAGAGAGGUCUAAGAAUUGCAAAAGGUUUGGGAAACAAGUUUUUGAAAUGCCUAAACCCCCCCCCCCCAACAAUAACAGCAGUCCAAAGAGAGGAAGAAAGAGUUGACAGGUCUGAAUAUUUUCCCACCUUCGCCUCUGAUGACAUGAAGUCUCCAUUUGACGACGCCAGGGUUUUUUGUUUUGGGGGUAUUUUUCUUAGGGUUCAUUAACAGAAAAGCAAUCUUAAGACUUAGAAGUCCUACGCUUCUUUCCUCCUCUUCUCUUGACCUUACGUGAAAACAGGGUAUAUUUGAACAAAUGGAAUGUCCUCCAAUCGAAGCAAAAGUGAAUGGAUAUCUAGUAUUUGCUAAUGCUUUCUUGUCUGGACAUCUUUGUUGCACUUAGAGUUUACAUAUAAUGGGUAUAAAAACAACUUUGAAGGGCGUUCGUCCAACUCAGUCGAGACGUCCUUCAAUAGGUGUGUGUUCUGGUGAACAUUCAUAUAUAUUUAUUGGUUAUAGCCAGUUUAAAAUAUUUUCCUUUUUUUGUAUUAUUUAUCCCCAAUAUUAUGUAUUUAUAUGAGGAAAAAAGAAUCAAAUUGUACUUUUUUAGUAUUUACUUGUUAUAAAGGACAUUGUGUUUCCUUGUCAUUGUACAACAAGCUUAUUUUAGUUAUUGUAAUUUAGAAAGACCAGUAGUUUUAUGUUACCUUCGUACUUAUGAAUAAUGUAAUUAGUUCUACUGGAGGCAUGAGAGCAGAACCAGACUGUAAUUGUAUAGUCCUGAAUUAGAAGAACUAUAGCUAAUCCUUCCCUCCCACCUCACCCCUCCUCUUUGGAGAUCUUUCUUUGUUCUUAUAGUAGUUAUUUUCUUUCCUUGCUUAAGGGUUGUCUGUUGAACAAUUCUUGAAUAAACUUUCUGUUAUCAAUUUUAUCUUGUCCUAUCAGUCGGACUUAAAGGCAUAAAUAAAGAACGUGUAUGUGAAAAUAGCGAAGAGAGCGCAGGAAAGGGGCGACUCGAAAUGGUUCAGAGUCCGGACUGCGGGGUUCGGGUCUGGGUCCCCUUCUGGGGUGAAACCCCGGGGGUUCGGGCCAAGAGGGGCCGGGCCGGCCCCGCCGCCCCCUCCGCGCCCCCUCCGCGCCCCCUCCGCGCCCGCGGCCACAAAGGGGGGUCACGUGGCGCCGGGGCCGGGCUGCCAUUGGGCCGCGAAUGAAAACAAAGGAAAAGGAUUAAUCACCAAAAAAAAAAAAAAAAAAAAAAAAAGAAGAAAGGCCCCAGAGUUUCCAUGCGGGGACCUUAAAAGUGAAGAGAAAAUAAAUUACUUAUUGUAAUUAAUUAUUAUUAAAAUAGACACAUGUACCACAUGCACGCAGACAUACAUGUACCGCAUGCACACAGACAUCCACACACGACUACACCCCCUCAGACUAACACAC